UAGCCGCCUAGCGGAAAAAAACAAUCUGAGUUAAUUGGACUAUUGGAGUCUGUGAAUUGGAGCAAAUAUUUAAGUUGGAUUUGAGUCAGUAUUGUAUUAUAAAUAAUUAACAAUACAUAUGUACAUUCAAGUGAAUAUUUUGUCCAAGUAAAGUAAUAUAAUAUAUUAAAGUUUAAAAGUGUAUUGACAAUUUGACAUGUUUUUAUUUGUAAAAUUGUAAAUAAAUUAGUCAACAUGUUGCUGUCAUAUUUGGAUUAAAAAUAUUAAUUUUAUUAUUAUCAUAAUUAUGUGUACAAGUAAUUUUAAAUAAUUUUAUACAUUACAAUAGAAAAAUAAAUAAAUUAUAAACGUCAUGAAAUUGUCUUGUUGAUCCAACUGCUCAAUGUCACUUGACUCAAUGUGUUUUUUAUUAUUUUUGAUUAAAAAAAAUUAACUUUAAAUAUAUUUAUAUUAAUUAAUAUUUAAUUAAUUUAAAUUAUAUUGUUUAUUUAGUGAUAGAUUUAUUUUUCUUUAGUCUGUUUUUAAAUUACCUACAAUACUUGACAAAACAUAACCUAACAUAUAAAAAAAAACAAGAAACAAAAAAAAUAAAUAAAUAACUUGUCAAAAAUAAUAAACAGACAAUAAUAAUAAUAAUAAUGGGUAUGUUAUUUUCAAAAUUGUGGAGCCUCUUUGGAAAUGAAGAGCAUAAAAUUGUUAUGGUUGGAUUGGACAAUGCAGGUAAAACAACGAUACUCUAUCAAUUUUUAAUGAAUGAAGUUGUUCAUACAUCACCGACAAUUGGCUCAAAUGUUGAAGAAGUUGUAUGGAAAAAUAUACAUUUUAUAAUGUGGGAUUUAGGUGGACAACAAAGUCUAAGAGCAGCUUGGUCAACAUAUUAUACAAAUACUGAAUUUAUAAUAAUGGUUAUUGAUAGUACUGAUAGAGAAAGAUUAAGUGUUAUUAGAGAUGAACUUUAUACAAUGUUAAAUCAUGAAGAAUUACGUAAAGCAAAUGUAUUAGUUUAUGCAAAUAAACUAGAUUUAAAAGGAAGUAUGAGUGCUGCUGAAAUAUCAAAUCAACUUGAUUUAACAUCAAUUAAAGAACACCAUUGGCACAUACAAAGUUGUUGUGCACUAACUGGCGAAGGACUUUAUCAAGGACUUGAAUGGAUUGUUGGUCAUAUCAAAAAAACAUGACGUAAUAUUGAUGGCAUUGUAACAAUAAUUAAUCGACUUUAAAUCAAUUAUCUUGUACAGAAAUUGUUAACAAAAAAUAUGAAAGAAAAAAAAAAUAGUAUGGCUGUAAUUUGAGAGGGUGUGUGAGUGUUACAAUGAGAAUUUAAACAAGACUUUCUUGUUUUUAAAAAAUAGUUUUUUUUUUCUGUUAUUAUUAAUGAGUGUUUAAUUAAUUAACAUUGAUUAACAUUAAUUAAUAAUUUUAUAAAGUCGAACAUUUUGUUGUUAUGAGACUGAUGAUAGUUCUUUUUUUUUUUUGUGGAAAAAAAAUAAUGAAAAUCACAAGUUGACAAUUAUUAUAAGUUUAAAGAAAUAAAUUGAAUUAUUUUUUUUAGUAUAAUAUUGUUAAUAUUUUAUUUUAUAAUUAUAGCUGCGAUAAAAUAUGAGAAAGAAAAAAAAAAUAUUGUUUAUUAAAUAAGAUGAUUAACUCAUUUUCACAUAUCGAGAAUUGUUUAAAUUUUUUUUCCAGGGAUUAAAUUAGUUUGUGGUUAUUAAUUUAAACAAUUUUGUUUAAAUUUUUAGCUCAUAAAUAUCAGGCUAUCCUUCCAAAAUACGCAGCUAAAAAAACAAAUUAAAUAUACAAACCAUCCAUGAAAACCACGGUUGUCUUCGUAUUAUUUUAUUUUUAUCAAUUUGAAAAUAAUAAUGGAUCAAGGUCUCAUUUGCUGUAAAUUACUUUUAUUAUUUGAAUAAUUUGAAUGAUAAAAUAACUGCGAUAUUGCUUGUUAAUAUUAAGAAAAUUAUACAUAAAUUAAUGUUAAAAAAUAUGUCGUGCAAAAAAAAAAAAACGGUGAAAUUAAUGAAAUAAAAAUAAAUCAAUAAUUGAUAAGUAAUUAUUACUUGAACUCAUUUAUUAUCAUUAUUUAAUUUGUGUAUAAAUUAAAUAAAUAAGAUUAAUUGCAUACACUCAUUCAUACUCAAAACGAUCGGCGUCUCUUUUUUUUCGUUUGUUUCUUUUUCGAAACUGUAUGAGAUUGAAAAUAAAAAACAA